AUGACCCCCCCUGAGACUACCACCAUGACCGCCGUCAACCCAGCGGCAGCACCUCAGGCGUCGGAACAGAGUCACGUCGUCGGGGAGCAUGACAUGGAGAAGAACACCGGUCAGAAUGUGGUCGACAUCAGCGCUGACCCCCUGAAGCCUGGGUCAGAUGACAGCUCCGAGCACAAACAGGAAGGUGUCAAGAAGGUGGAGGCAAUCACGUCGGUGUGGUCUAUGAAGAUGCUCUGGGUCGUCUUUGCUCUCCUUUACCUAGUGACUUUUACCGACGGUCUGCUGCAAGCCGUUGAGGGUAAUCUGACGCCCUACGUUACCUCUGCCUUUGGUCACCACGGACUCCUGGCCACAACCAGCAUCGUGUCCACAAUCCUCGGCGGUGUAUCCCAGCUCACCAUCGCCAAGAUCAUUGAUAUCCGCGGGCGUGCCGAGGGGUUCCUCGGCAUGGUCUUCCUCGUCACCAUCGGCAUGAUCAUGAUGGCCACCUGCCAGAACGUCGAGACCUACGCCGCCGCGCAAACAAUCUACUGGGUCGGCCACCUGGGACUGGGAUACAUCAUCACCAUCGUCCUCGCCGACAUGACGUCGCUGAAGAACCGCAUGACCAUCAUUGCGCUCAACGGCACGCCCAUAAUCGCUACGACCUUUGCUGGGCCCAAGAUUUCCGAGUUAUUCUACGAACAGGUCAACUUCCGUUGGGCAUUUGGUGCCUUUGCUAUCAUCUUGAUUGGGUUCAGUAUCCCGGUCGUCAUAAUCUUUUUCCUCAGCGAAGUCAAGGCCAAGAAGACCGGUCUGAUCCCACCCAAGCAGAAGACUCGUUCCACCGUGGAGUCCUUGAAGCACUACGCCAUCGAAUUCGACGCUGUUGGCUUGGUUUUGGUCAUGGCCGGGUGGUCCAUGUUGCUGCUUCCUUUCUCCCUCGUGUCCGGUGCCACGCACGAAUGGAAGAGCCCAACGAUCAUCUGCCUGAUUGUCUUUGGUGUUGUCGCUCUGGCUCUUUUUGCCGUUUGGGAGAGGUUCUUCGCCAAGGUCUCUCUUUUCCCCUACCAGUUCCUCAAGGAUAGGACCGUUCUGGGUGCCUGCUUGGUCUACGGCAUCAUGUUCACUUCCAUUUACUGCUGGGACUCCUAUUACCAGUCUUACCUCCAGGUUGCGCACAACCAAGAUAUCACCAGUUCCGGUUAUAUCUUAAACACCUUCAGUUUGACCUCAGCCAUCGUCUCUCCUUUGGUGGGAGUGGCCAUUCGUUAUACUGGCCGCUUCAAGUACAUUGCUUUAGCCGGCGUGCCUAUCUGCAUUCUCGGAACUGCCUUGCUCAUCCAUUUCCGUACCCCGUCGACCAGUGUCGGCUACCUGGUCAUGUGCCAGAUCUUCAACGGCGUGUCUAGCGGCAUUUUCAACACCUGCGCUCAGAUCGCCAUCAUGUCGUCCGUUACGCACCAGGAGAUCGCCAUUGCCCUCGCUCUAUACGGCCUCUUUGGUUCCAUCGGCGCCGGCAUUGGCCUGGCCAUCGCCGGCGGCAUCUGGAACAACUUGCUCGAGAAGAUACUCUACCAGCAGUUGCCCGCAGGCAGCAAGGAUCUCACCGCCAGCAUCUUCGCCAGCAUCGAAACCCAGCUUUCGUACCCCAUGGGCAGCCCCAUCCGCGAGGCCAUCAUUGCUGCGUACGCCGACGUUCAGAGGAAGAUGGUUAUCACCGGAUGCGCUUUCAUUCCCUUGAUCUUCAUUGCUUUGCUGCUCUGGCGCAACAUCAACGUCAAGACGGUCGAGGAGGAGAAGGGCAAGCAGACGAAGGGAACGGUGUUCUAG